AAGUCCCAGUGGCGGUGACACCUUGGUAGAGUGACCGGCGCUGACAUCCUUUCUCAGUUUGUUAACCUUUGGGUGUCUCUUCCGCUAGAGGAACGUGUACAGGUGUGAAGUCGUGAGGGAAGCUGGGAUAGUUGGGAAAGGUUGUUGUGGUAUAGGCUAUUUUUCCCUUACAUUUUCAUUAGUUUGUUCCAGAAACUAUGGACACUAUAAAUAAUAAUAAAUCAUAUCCACUUUAUAGGCUUCAUGAUAUGUCCUAAUUGCCUAAUUUAUUCCACGUGAUUGUGAUGUCUGGGAGACGAGCUCAUGGCCCAGUAAUGAGCUGUGGCUGAUGCAGUUCUACCACAUAAAAUAUCAGGAUUUAAGGGAGGCUUCCCACAGAUUUCUCUGUAUCUAUUUAAUGAUCGUUUUCCUGCUUUUCCUAGCUGUGGCAUUUUCACUUCUCAGAAGUCUGGUCUUGCUAGCAUGUUCCUAAGUAACUCCACAUCUGAGGCCUCAAAGCACAUUUCACCUUGCCUGCCACCCUUUUCACACUUUAGCCUGGAUGUUACCCUUGGAUCGGCCUUCCCCCUCUUCUUCCUCCUGUGUCACCCACCAUCUCGCCUCUCCACCAGAGUUCCACUCAGAUGCCUGCUCGUCACCCCCAGGCCAUUCAGCACCUGAACAAAUCCCCCCACUGUGGGAAGGUCUCACAUUGGGGGAUACUUACCCCUUCCAGACCCUUCCUGGGGAGAGCAAGUUUCCUUCCAUGUGGCAGGAGCCAGUUUUGUACUUGUCUGGCCUCGUGACUGAGAGGAUGGGAGGUCUGGGGGAGCUGGAGAGGAGAUGGCAGUUUUAACCAAGGAAAAAACACGGAGUGGAAAUGAUCCCUUCUGCCUUCUUCGGGCGUGUCCCUCUUCUGGGCAUCUCUUCAGGAUUUCAUUCCUCCGUCCAACUGCCGUUCACAACUGCCCUUUCCAACUGCUCCAGAACUCUUGGCCCCGGCAUUCCGUGAUGUAAAUUAUUCCACGCAUGGCUCGAAAUGGGUGCGAAGCAGUGUUGCCAGGUGUCGGAUCACUAGUUUGUCAUGGAUGAUGACGACGACUCGUGUCUCCUUGAUCUUAUUGGAGACCCACAAGCAUUGAACUAUUUUCUACACGGACCUAGUAAUAAAUCUAGCAAUGAUGACUCAACUAGCACAGGAUAUUCUGCAGCCAAUUCAAAUUCAAUUUUCGCCAACUCCAGUAAUGCUGAUCCUAAGUCAUCCCUCAAAGCCGUAAGCAACCAGCUUGGAGAAGGGCCCAGUGAUGGACUGCCACUUUCAAGUAGCCUUCAGUUUCUUGAAGAUGAACUUGAGUCUUCUCCUCUUCCCGAUCUCAGUGAGGACCAACCUUUCGACAUUCUUCAGAAAUCCCUGCAGGAGGCCAAUAUCACUGAACAGACAUUGGCAGAAGAGGCAUAUUUGGACGCCAGUAUAGGUUCAAGCCAACAGUUUGCACAAGCCCAGCUUCAUCCUUCUUCAUCAGCAUCGUUUACUCAGGCUUCUAAUGUUUCGAAUUACUCAGGUCAGACGCUGCAGCCUAUAGGGGUGACUCACGUGCCUGUUGGAGCAUCAUUUGCAAGCAAUACGGUGGGGGUGCAACAUGGCUUUAUGCAACACGUGGGGAUCAGUGUGCCCAGCCAACAUCUGUCUAAUAGCGGUCAGAUUAGCGGUUCAGGUCAGAUACAGCUAAUUGGCUCAUUUGGUAAUCAACCCUCCAUGAUGACUAUUAAUAACCUAGACGGAUCUCAAAUCAUAUUGAAGGGCAGCGGGCAGCAAGCCCCAUCAAAUGUGAGUGGAGGACUCCUGGUUCACAGACAGACUCCCAAUGGCAACUCCUUGUUUGGGAGCUCCAGUUCCAGUCCCGUAGCACAGCCUGUUACCGUUCCAUUUAACAGCACAAAUUUUCAGACGUCUCUACCUGUGCAUAACAUCAUCAUACAGAGGGGUCUUGCACCAAAUUCAAAUAAAGUCCCGAUCAAUAUCCAGCCAAAGCCUAUCCAGAUGGGUCAGCAGAAUACGUACAAUGUGAACAAUUUGGGAAUACAGCAGCACCACGUUCAACAAGGGAUCUCCUUUGCCUCCGCCAGCUCACCCCAGGGCUCCGUAGUUGGUCCGCACAUGUCUGUGAACAUCGUAAACCAACAGAACACAAGGAAACCAGUCACCUCACAGGCAGUGAGCAGCGCUGGGGGUAGUAUCGUUAUUCAUUCUCCCAUGGGCCAGCCUCACACACCCCAAAGUCAGUUCCUCAUACCCACAAGCCUUUCUGUCAGUUCCAACUCGGUACAUCAUGUCCAGACCAUAAAUGGGCAACUGCUUCAGACUCAACCUUCUCAGCUCAUCUCCGGCCAAGUGGCCUCAGAGCAUGUCAUGUUGAACAGAAACUCUUCCAACAUGCUCAGGACCAACCAAGCAUAUUCUGGACAGAUGCUGAACAACCAGAAUGCCGCCGUCCAGUUGGUGUCUGGGCAAACGUUUGCCGCCUCUGGAAGCCCAGUGAUUGUCAAUCAUGCCUCUCCUCAGAUUGUUGGUGGACAGAUGCCCUUGCAGCAAGCGUCACCAACCGUAUUACACCUGUCACCUGGGCAGAGCAGCGUGUCCCAAGGGAGACCUGGCUUCACCACCAUGCCCUCGGUGACCAACAUGUCAGGACCUAGUCGGUUCCCUGUCGUCAGCUCAUCCAGCACUGCCCAUCCUAGUCUUGGGUCUGCGGUUCAGUCGGGUGCAUCAGGAUCAAACUUCACGGGAGAUCAGCUGACCCAGCCAAACAGGACUCCAGUACCGGUCAGUGCGUCUCAUCGUCUUCCAGUUUCUUCUUCCAAAUCUACCAGCACCUUCAGUAACACCCCUGGAGCGGGAACCCAGCAGCAGUUCUUCUGUCAGGCUCAGAAAAAAGGUUUGAAUCAGACUUCCCCCAUAUCCGCUUCCAAGACCACAGAUGGCCUGAGGCAAGCACAGAUCCCUGGCCUCCUGAACACCGCACUGCCAGGGCAGGAUUCUGGAAGCAAAGUUAUACCGGUGUCCUUAGGAACCGCACAGCCACAGCAGGAAAAGGUAGUUGGAUCAUCUCCUGGCCAGCCAGCUGUGCAGGUGGAUAGUCAUUCAGGAGGACAAAAGCGGCCUGCUACAAAACAACUAACUAAAGGAGCUUUCAUUCUCCAGCAGUUACAGAGGGACCAAGCCCACGCUGUGACACCUGAUAAAAGUCAGUUCCGAUCACUAAGUGAUGCGGUGCAGAGGCUACUCUCCUACCACGUGUGCCAGGGCUCCAUGCCCACCGAGGAAGACUUGAAGAAAGUCGACAAUGAAUUUGAAACAGUUGCCACUCAGCUCCUAAAAAGGACCCAAGCGAUGCUUAACAAAUACAGAUGCCUGCUUCUAGAAGAUGCCAUGCGGAUCAAUCCCUCUGCUGAGAUGGUGAUGAUCGAUAGAAUGUUCAACCAGGAGGAAAGAGCUUCUCUGUCCCGAGACAAGCGUCUGGCACUUGUAGACCCUGAGGGUUUUCAGGCUGAUUUCUGUUGUUCCUUCAAACCUGAUAAAGCUGCUCAUGAGACACAGUUUGGCCGGAGUGACCAGCAUGGCAGUAAAGCGCCCAGCUCUCUGCACCUGACAGCCAAGGCCCAAAGCCGAGAACCGACGAAUCAUGACCAGUUUCAUCUAGUGCCUAAUCACAUCGUGGUCUCCGCAGAAGGAAACGUUUCUAAAAAAACUGAAUGCCUCGGCAGAGCACUGAAAUUUGACAAAGUGGGCUUAGCACAGUACCGGAGUGCAUCCGAAGAGAAAACAAGCCGGAGAGAGUCCACGAAGGCCAGCGAGUGCUCUCCCGGCCCCGAAGGGCACCGGAAAACCUCAUCCAGACCAGAUCACGGUACUGAGAGCAAACUCUCAAGCAUCCUAGUAGAUUCUCACUUGGAGAUGACGUGUAACAAUUCCUUCCAGGACAAAACUCUGAGGAAUUCUCCAAAGAAUGAAGUUUUACACACAGACAUCAUGAAAGGGUCGGGCGAGCCCCAGCCAGACCUCCAGCUCACUAAGAGUUUAGAAACAACAUUUAAGAACAUCUUGGAACUCAAAAAGGCUGGGCGGCAGCCCCAGAGUGACCCCACGGUUAGCGGCUCUGUUGAGUUAGAUUUCCCCAACUUUUCUCCAAUGGCUUCGCAGGAAAACUGCCUGGAAAAGUUCAUCCCGGACCACAGUGAAGGCAUUGUAGAAACCGACUCCAUUUUAGAAGCAGCUGUAAAUAGUAUCUUAGAGUGUUAAUAGCAGCAGCCCUCCCCCACCCCGCCCCGACACCCCGCCCCGGACAAGUUACAUUCUUUCCUGGCAAAAGCAAAUGGAAGUGUUCUCCUGUCUCCAGCCUGCUUGACCUUUCAUCACAGGUUAUUCUUUCUGAUCUUCAAUCCCAUUCUUUGUUUAAGAGCAAUACUCGUGGUGGUUACAGGGAGAUCCUUUCGUGAAAUUAAUCCUUGUUAGAAAGCAGUCUGAUAGGCCCUACACAUUUCAAGUGUUACGAAAGUGCUUAUAGUCAUUUUCUUUGUGUGUUUGUUUACUUGUUUUAUUAUUACUAUUUUUUUUUUUUUUUUUUUUAAAAACACCAUAACUCACUGAGAUCACAGUACACUUGGCCCUCGGUAAAAUUCUGACAAUCAUUAAGUCAUUUGAAAAGAACAGACUUAUUAAAGAAAAUCAAACAGGACUGAUAGAAGCUACUUUGUGAAAGAAUGUCCCACUGCAUCUCCAAAUUUCGUUGUUUUGGGUUUGUUGUUGUUGGAGGGGAGACCGCACGGUUGUCCCCCCCACCCCACCCCCCACGCCCCGCCCCGGGCCACCUCUGAGCAGUAAGUUGCCGGCUGCUCCGCCAGGGACCCCACAGCCCCGAGGAAGCAGCCAGUAGCACACAAGCAGGGCAUUCGCAGGGCUUCCUUGUUCAUCGUCUGAGUGCUUUUCCGAUGCUCCUGGAGCAAAACCUCAUGCUUUUCGGCAUACGCGUGUUGAGUUUCAUCUAGGGAAUGCUCUGUUCUUAGUUGCAACGGCACGACUUGAGAAAAUUUUCACCAGGCUGAAAUAAAGGAAAAUGGAAACCAGUUAAGUGGCACAGUGUACAGGGGAGGCCGGGAGAGAGCCUUGAGGAGUAUACUAUGUAUAUAUGUAAAAGCAUAUAUAUGUUAACUAUUGAGAAAAAAAACAAGCGUUUUGCAUUUUGUAAUUGGAUAUAGUCAACGUAUGCUGUACAUUUUUGUUGCUGGGUUUCCUUUCAUUUAACCUCUCCGCACCCUCUCCCACAAAUAGCCAAGCGUCCAAAGCACUUUUAUUUGAAAACUGUGUUGUAAUACUUCAGUUUAAACUCUAAGGGGACUUUGGCCUUGUUUAUGCUUCUUGUCUGAGAACAGUAGUCACCCCCCGGCAGCAAUCAUUACCAAAACACAGACAAACCAAAGUUACCAGCCAGCCCCCCACUGAAAGAAAAGAGCUGAGACACGGGAUUCCCACUUGAGAGCCAAAGGACAUGCCCUGUCACGGUCUGUGUGUGGCCCGUGUUCCUAUUAGUGAACAUGACUUACUGCUUUAUUUAUUUAUAUUUCUUUUCAGGGAGCUUUCCCCGUUUUCCUUCCUUGUGUUCGUGCCCCAGUUCAUCCCAUCUCGGCUGUUACCUUCAUUCCCAGUGUCAUUGUAACCAGCCCUUCUCUCCUGUCAUUGGGAAAGCGACAUAACGGUAUUUCGUAUGCACUCUGCCCCAUGUGCGCGUGCAUGUAUCUGAGCUAUUGAGAUCAGGUCAUUCUGGUGACAGUGUGGACCCACCCAUUCUUCCUCCCAUGUGCACGCACUCUCUCAUUUAUCCUGUUGAUCUCUCUGGCUUGAGGGGUUGCACCCACUGGUCUCCACUCUGACGCGUUGCCAGCACCUGUUUCUGGCUGUUGCCAGAAUGGGGAUGACCCCAUUGUCAUCAUGUUGGGCGCUUCUUUUCCAGAUUGGCCUGCGUUGGAAAGGAAGGCUUCUGAUUAUUGGAAAACACGGCAACGGAAGACCCAGACUCUCUCCCUGCCCCUCUGUCCCUGCACUCAAAGAAACCUCUCUCAGCCAGCCAGCCUUCAUAAAAGCGAAGUUCCUUCUCCCCACCCCCACCCGCCGGCCAAUAGAACUUGGAAAAUCUGGGCCAUUUUAGGGUUCCCAUUUUUUCCUUAUUUGUGCCAACGUCCAAAUUGCAGAUUUCCCCUUUUUUCCUGUAUUGUAACAUAUUAGAAGGAUAAGUUGGUAUUGCCAGUUGGAACUUUCUGUUUGGGCCGCCUGGGGUAACACCCUGCCCUGAACCCCAUGAUUUUAUAGGCUCUUCUUCUCUUAGGACUCAUGCUCCCCUCAUUCCUAGCAAGACUUAAAGGUGGUCCCUCCUAAUCAAAUUCUUCUCAUGGUGGAACUUUCUACCAGGAAGCCUUCACGUAGGCUACUGAUGAGUUACGUUAAUUAUUGCCAAUCAGUGGAAUUCUUAAAAGAUAAGCUUCAUGUACAUUCGUCACCUCCCUUUCUUCCCCAUCCUGUCCUGCUACCCCAAUCCCAGCCUUUCUGUAUACCAUCUCAAAGGGUCUUUUGAGCCCUAACACUUGU